AUGUACGGGAUUGCCGGCUGGAAGUUCCAGAGUAAACUUCGACAGACUCUCCAAGGUCACCAGCACAUCCCGGUGACCUUGGAAAACCCGUCUGGAAAGGCAAGCUCGACCUCGCAUCCAGUUCCUCAUCAUGCCCAAUCCCUCUCACUCCCAGCUCGACCUCGCAUCCAGCCCCUUAUCAUGCCCAAUCCCUCUCACUCCCAGCUUGUCCUUGCAUCCAGCCCCUUAUCAUGCCCAAUCCCUCUCACUCCCAGCUCGACCUCGCAUCCAGCCCCUUAUCAUGCCCAAUCCCUCUCACUCCCAGCUCGACCUCGCAUCCAGUCCCCCAUCACAGCACCGUACACUGCUUCUAAAGGUGAUUAUUCCUCGAUGAUCACCUUCGCCGAUAACGUGCAGCCAAAGAUGGUAGAGCAGAACUGGAGGAAGAACGGAUCGUGGGAGAGAAUGGCGGGGAUGCCGCUGCAGAUCCUCAAUCGAACCGAGGCGCAUUGGUUCCUUUACCCGCCUCCAUCCAGCUCUGCCCACGCGGUGGUCACCGUCUUCUACGUGCUCAUCUUCCUCUUGGGCACCGGCGGCAACGGCGCCGUCCUCUACCUCACCAUCAGGUUCAAGAACCUGUCGAAGAAGACGAACUCCUUCAUGCUGAACCUGGCCGUGAGCGACUUCCUCAUGAUGUUCACCAUCCCCAUCAUCGUCGUCAAUUCUUUUCACGAGGGUCCAGUCCUCGGGAUUCCAGGGAUUGAUUACCGACCCUGCGCAGACGGGUUCGAUCUUGCCGACGCCUUGGGCUCGGGCACGAUCUGGCACGAUCUGGCACGAUCUGGCAUGAAGUUCAUUCGGAAAGUGGCCAAAGUCUUUUCGGGGAAUGUCUCGAAAGAGACGGAAGGAACCGCAAGGCGAGGGACGCCGAAUCAGGCCUGUGCGACCCCGUCACCAACGGCCUCAAAGGCGAGCGAUAGUGGUGACUCGAAUGAAUUCAAGGCCAUUGGCGAAGAGGUUCUGGCUUUUGAGAGCAACACAGUCGGCGGGGGAUGGAGACCGGGCUGUGACGCGAUCGGAUUCAUCGGAGGACUGACCGGAACGGUGUCCAUCGUCACACUUUCGGCCAUCUCGUUAGAACGGUUCCACGGGAUCAGGAAUUGCUGGCAACCGGGAUCGCGGUUCACUUGGCCCGCCGCCAGCAUGACGCGAUGGCAAAGACUCAUCAGCAUCACCAUGUUCUGGCUCUACGGCUUUCUCUUCAGCGCCAUCCCUUUGGUGGUGCCCGGCAUCCUCUACGUCCCUGAAGGAUACCUCACCACCUGCAGCUUCAACUAUCUGGCUACGGAUCCUGCCAACAUCGCGUUCAUCCUGGUAUUCUUCGUCGCAGCCUGGCUUCUCCCUUUCAUCGUCAUCACGUCCAGCUACAUCGGGAUCAUGUGUUUGGUCACCAGAAACUACGGGGUAUUAGAAUCCGCCAACCCAGAUAAUCGGUGGCAGCGGCAGCAGGAAUGGAAGAUCUUCAAGACAGUCGUCAUUUUGGUCGUCGUCUGGUUUCUCGCAUGGACGCCGUAUGCUUGCGUCAGUCUUUUAGGCAUCACAGGCAUGAAGGACCUCAUUUCUCCCGCCUCGUCCAUGAUCCCAGCCAUCAUCUGUAAGAUCUGCAGCGCCAUCGAUCCUUUCAUCUACACCCUGACCCAUCCUUACUUCAAGCGAGAGCUCAGGAGACACUUCAACGUGUUCCGCCGGCUCUUCGAAGAAGAGAAGAGAAUAAAGACAUUUUCCUUCAAGGCAAACGACGCCCGAGUCUCCACCUCCCACGCCUCCCUCUCCCAACAAUGCCAUCGUUGCAUGCAGAACGGGAGAAAGGGCAACCAAUCCACUUUCCUGUGACUGCAGUCCGGGAUAUCCGGGAGCUAUCCUGCCACGACUUCGGCGAUUCGGCACUGAUUGACGCUCUGGAAAAAUGACAACAUACCAAAUCCUCCGGCGAACAUGGGAGGAAUAAAUAAAAAAUUUUCAGGUCUCGCCAACCCCUUACGGUAUUUUCUGGGCAUUCGUAAAUAUAUUGUCGUCGGAGAACGUUACGACAAAUUAAAGAAGUUUCAUCGGAUUCUGCUAGAACUUCGUAUCCGUUGUACCAGAAGCUGCUUGGCAGGCCUUUCCAGCCCAUCGUUGAAAAUGUCUCGAGAGGAGAAUGGAAAAUCGGAGUGAAAUUUGGAGCGGAAAUUUCCUGCCGACGCGCUCAUUUUCCUGAUUUUUUCCUUUGGUCCUUUC